ACAAAGUUUAGCUUUUGGUUUAUUUUGAGGUUAUAAACAUUACGAUAAGUUUUUUUUAAGUUACAAUUGGGUAGAAAUUAAUUUGUUUGACUGUUUUAACGGUUCAUAUUGUGCAUACAAUAGUGGUUUAAUUGUGCUCAUAAUAUAGGCAUCAGAUUUUACAAAAAUGGCUAGGAACGCAGAAAAAGCUAUGACGACACUAGCGCGGUGGCGCGCGGCGCAAGUGCAAGAGGCGGGCGGGCAGCGCGAGCGCAGGCCGUACCUCGCGUCAGAGUGCAACGACCUCCCGCAGGCUGAGAAGUGGCGGCUACAGAUCGUCAGGGAGAUCGCAAAGAAGGUGGCGCAGAUACAGAAUGCCGGUCUUGGAGAAUUUAGGAUAAGGGAUUUGAACGAUGAAAUCAACAAACUGAUGAGGGAAAAACGCCACUGGGAAGUUCAGAUCAAAUCACUAGGAGGGCCUGACCAUGCGCGAGUUGGACCCAAAAUGUUGGACCAAGAUGGAAAAGAGGUGCCAGGAAACCGAGGUUACAAAUAUUUCGGCGCAGCCAAGGAUUUGCCUGGAGUCCGCGAGUUGUUCGAGCAGGAACCGCCGCCGCCGCCGCGACGCACGCGCGCAGAUCUAAUGAGAGACGUCGACGCGGAUUACUACGGGUACCGGGACGACGAUGAUGGCCUACUGCUGCCCUUGGAACAAGAAGCGGAGAAGGAUGCAAUAGCUCGUGCAGUGGAUGAAUGGAAGAGCAACAAAGAACAAAAUAAAGAUCAAGAUUUACCAGAAGAGGAAAAUAUUUAUCCAGAAGACCCUGAAGACCGAAGAGUGGAAGAUGACGACCUUAGCAAAGCCGGGCUGACGUCACACGUGGCGGUGCCAUCGCAGAAGGACGUGGAGGAAGCCCUGCUCCGACGGAAAAAGCAGGAGCUGCUGGAGCGUUACGGAUGUCUCGACGUCAAAAUGGAGAGCUGACGACGAUCAUAAACUUAAAUAUAGGCUAUUUUUACUGAA